UUUGGUUUAUAUUUGCUCUUCACAGAUAAGUCAAUCAAUUUCUCUUUUAUCUUGUAGGCUGGUCAAGAAUCCUUCAGAUCCAUCACUAGAUCAUAUUACAGGGGAGCAGCCGGUGCACUACUUGUUUACGACAUAACCAGGAGAGAGACAUUUAAUCAUCUUGCAAGCUGGCUGGAAGAUGCUCGGCAGCAUGCAAACCCAAACAUGACGAUCAUGCUUGUAGGAAACAAAAGUGAUCUUUCUCACCGAAGAGCUGUAAGCAAAGAGGAGGGAGAGCAGUUUGCCAAAGAAAAUGGACUUUUAUUCUUGGAAGCAUCUGCUAGAACAGCCCAAAAUGUCGAGGAGGCAUUCACAAAGACCGCGGCAAAAAUACUUCAGAAGAUCCAGGAAGGUGUAUUUGAUGUAUCCAAUGAGUCGUCUGGCAUCAAGGUUGGCUAUGGGCGGCCCCAAGGUCAACCCGGGGCGAGAGAUGGAGCAGUUGCACAAAGAGGUGGAUGUUGCAGCUAAAUUAUAGAUGCAUCCUUGUUAUAUGAUUUCUGUAUCUUGUCCAUUGUGCCUGUUGGAUUUGAUGAAUUUAGUGACUUUCACCAAACCUUUUAAGAUUAUUGUGAAAGAAUUGUAUAGUGCAAGUUCCAGUUCAAGUAAACUGACCUGUGAACGCCUGUAUAAUCUACCAAGUUUAUGGGCUGCUCGCAUUUAUUUGCAAGUUCUUCAAGAUUGAUCGGUAGUGGUUGCCAAGCAUUUUAUGUAUGAUAAAGCUCUUCCUGUUU